AUGAGAUCAGUCGAGGCGAUGGCAACGUCGCACAUACUGUCCGCCAUUGAUCCAAUUUUAACUGGCUCAACAAACAGCGGCCCGGGAAUGAACGGUGGCGAUUCGGCCAAUGGGACUCAGAGCAACGGCGGACUCGGUGGCCAAUCCGGCUCGGGUGCGGUAACCAUGACGGGGCACCGUUCGGCCGGUGGCUCGAUCGGCGAUCGCAAUCUGUCGGUCACGCUCGACGACCGCGACCUGUGGAUACGCUUCCAGAACCUCACCAACGAGAUGAUCGUCACCAAGAACGGCAGGCGCAUGUUUCCGGUGGUGAAGGUGACCGCGACCGGGCUCGAUCCGACGGCCAUGUACACGGUGCUGCUGGAAUUUUCCCAAGUCGACUCACACCGCUGGAAGUACGUCAACGGCGAGUGGGUCGCGGGCGGCAAGGCAGAAGCACCGCCGCCGAACCCGGUGUACGUGCACCCGGAGUCGCCGAACUUUGGCCAGCACUGGAUGAAGGAGCCGAUCUCGUUCGCCAAGGUGAAGCUAACGAACAAGACGAACGGCAACGGGCAGAUCAUGCUGAACUCGCUGCACAAGUACGAGCCGCGGGUCCACCUGGUGCAGGUGGUGUCGGACGCGCGGGACCAGCGGAACGUUCACACGUACCCGUUCCCGGAGACGCAGUUCAUCGCGGUCACGGCGUACCAGAACGAGGAGGUGACCUCGCUCAAGAUCAAGUACAAUCCGUUCGCGAAGGCAUUCCUGGACGCGAAGGAGCGCCCCGACUCGGUGUUCUCGCGCGAGAGUUCCACCUACGGUUGGCUCAAUUUCCACCCGUCGUACGCGACGGCCCAAUCCCCGCUGGCCUCGGUAGCACCGCCCGUGGUCGACCGGGGUUCGUACCAACCGCAUCCGCAUGCCGGUUCCCGCUCGAACCGGGUCGCACCGUAUACGACGCAACGAUCGCGUAACACUAGCGGAAGCUCUUCACCUCAGCACGGGUCCUACCUGCCGCUGGACACUGUGCCGUCGCCGGUCUUUUCCUCGUACCCUUCGACCUGGCAAACGCAAACCACCCCGGCCGGUUCCUACUGGAGCAAUGCGACGGGGGCGAACCAGGGUCAACCUGGGAACGCGGGGCCGGGAAGUCCCAAUUCGAUCGCGCCCAACAUUUCACCUACCCCGUCGAACGGGUCGCCUUCGUACGCUACGUCCUCGCCCGGUUAUCCGGCCAGCGGCGGGCAUCACGGCGGGGCUGGACUCACGCCGCAACAGCAACCGUACAUCCCGGUGUCCGGAUCGCAAAUGGACGGUGGUGUCUACCAUCAGUCGGCGUCGGGAUCGCCGCAGCAAAUCUACAGCCCUCCGAGUCAUCAGAUCUAUCACCCGACGCCGACACAGGUCGGGUCACCGAACCACCAGCUGUACGGGAACGUGCUGAACGCACCGUCCAUCACCAACCUGGGCUACUCCACGUCCUGGCACAGUGCGGGCGACUUCAGCAUGUACCAGAGCAGCUACCACUACCCGACGGCCGAGUACAUACCCAUGAUCGGUGAGAUCAACACCUACAACCACCCAUCGGACAUUACCGAGCUGACGUCGGUCGGUGUUCCCCAUCGACAUUUGGAUCCCUCGACUGGCACGGCGUCCCCGCUGCAGUACCAUACGCAUCACCACCAUCACCACAUGAGCGAAGGAUCUUCGCUGGUCCCCUCGUCCCAUCAUCCACCCCACCACGCGGGACCACCACCGACGGCGCAGUGCGUAGAGAACCAAAGUCCCGAGCCGGCACCCGGGACGGGCGGCGUGUCAACCCUCGGCUCGGUAACCUCUUCACCGGGUGGCUCGGUCUCGGGGCCACAGAUGGGCCCCCAAAGCCCCGGCCGGCAGGGGACGCUAAACACCGUCACGGGCAGCGCUUGGACGCCGCUCACGCCACCGCAGACGACGAGCGGUAUCUGA